GUUUGAUUUAAAACUAGUUGUAUGCACCUGUCAGCUGUAGUGUGCAUGUGACUGCAUAAUCGCACCACUUUUCAUAUGCUCUCGACUCUCCGUGCUCUCACGUCUCUUUAUUCACAUUCUGAAGAGUUUGUGAUACUUGUUUUCGCAAGAAAUGGCAGUUACCCGGUUUCUUGAGUUGGUUUUCUUUGUGUACUUUGUGGUGCAUAUACCAGUGUCCAUCUUGUUCGACUCGCAAGGGAUAUUUCCUCGAGAGUGGUAUCCAGACUUCUUGGUGACCCCUAAACUCCAGUACACUACUCAAUUCAAGGAUGUUCUUUUUGGAGACCCACCCAUCUGGUUCCAAUCUUUCAUCUAUGCAGAGACAUUCUUCCAGCUUCCAUUCUUCUUUGUAGCAGCAUAUGCAUUCUACAAAGGCAACUGCAAGUGGAUCCGUAUCCCUGCCAUCGUGUACAGCACCCACGUGGCCACCACAGUGAUACCCAUUGUAGCGGAGAUCUACCUCAGCGACUUCGCCCACGCCUCCUUCCCCGGACCGAGCACAUUCCAGGAGAGAACAACCCUCGUCGGGAUCUACGCACCGUUCCUCGUGGUUCCGUUCAUCAUGCUUGUCACCAUGCUCUUCAGUGCAGAGUACAGAGGUGGUAGCGGUCGAAAGCAGAAGGCUAAUUAAUCAAUGUGGAUGUCUCAGGCACUUUUUUAUUUGAAAGGAGGGGGGGGGGGAAGAACCUUCAGGCUUCAGAUAGCAUUGCAAAGUCUACUAAUCAUACAAAAAAGCAAUUUAUUAUUGAUCACUAGUGGCGGAAAGCAGAAGUCUAAUUAAUCAAUGAGGAUGUCUCGGACAAUUUUUUAUUUGAAGGGGAAAAAAAAGACCUUCAGAUAGCAUUGCCAUGUCCACCAGUACUAAUCAUAUAAAAAAAGCAAUGAAAGUUUUUUCAUAUUUCAUUAUUGAUAACCCAAACCGAUUUAUAAUUUUUGGGUUAAAUUAAUGGAUAUUUGGCAUAUGCUAUAUGGGUCUAUAGAGAUAUCCUGUAUUGCUUUAUUUCCAUUAAUUCCACACAAAAUAAAAAAUCACUCAAGUUGACUCAACAUGACCUUUGACCAUGACAUGUACCUGUCUUAUAUUGCUUUGAAUUGAACACAACACACUUUUCAUUAAAUUGUGUGUGCUUGGUUUGCUCACUUUGCUGGGAAAUGUUGAUAAAAUGUAUUUUCUGCCAAUAACAGAAUUGCCCUAUUUUAACUCGUUUGAAACUUAUAAUAUGCUUAUUUGAUAGCCAAGGCUGUAAUUAAAAAGGCCUCUCACAGUCAUAAUUGCCGAGAUUAAUUUUCUGGUUUGGGGAGAUAAGUAUUCAAUUCAUACAUGAUAGACCAUGAUUAUACUUAUUACUUUAUUCCAUUUUUUAAGUGAAACAACACCUGGGGCCUGUUGCAUAAAAACUCACUUUUGUCAUUGAUGGUAACUUCUAUGGAAACCUCUUCGAUUGGCUGUCGAGUACUGUUGCCAUGGUAGUUAAUAUUGAUGGCAAAUUUAUCAUCAAUGGUGAGUUUGAUUUAACUGGCCCAGUAGAGCAAGAUACAUGUAUUCUAAGCACUAUGAACAGUUUCUCAGCAUGACAUGGGCGUGGCCAUUUGUCACGUGCUAUGCAAAGUCAUUUAACAAGAAAAUGUAUUCAAAUUUAUACAUGUAGAUGCUUUCCCAUGUUUUUGGUGAAUAAGUAUUGCAUUCAUCUGCUUAUCUUUUGUACCAUAAUUGUCAGAAUGCAAAUUGCAUGAAUAAGCUGUUGCUCUUCUAGGGUGAAGGUUUUGCAUAAAUGAAAUGGAUUUGUCAAGUGCUAAAUUCUAGUAUUUAAAAAUAAAUUAGUGACAAUUGUUCACCCGUUUAUAUAUUUUUCACCAAAUAUAAUUUGUAUAGUACCUUCUCAGCUAUGAUUUUGCCUCAUCUAAAAGUAAAGGUUUUGUUAUUGAACUAACAAUCUUUCCAACUAGAGCUUGGUGCAUAGUACAUGCACAAGUUUACCUGGUACAUCACAUUAUCAAGAACAUGGCCCCUAUCAAUAAUCAUAUAAUGCUAAAAGGCAUUAAAUCCUGCCAUAAAUAUCUUCUUUUAAAUAUGUUAUACAUGUUCAUAAGGAAUACUUUAAAUCGAUGUACAGGAAUAAAUCUCAUCUUUCAGCUGCACUUAUUCUUUGAGGUGAGGUUUCCUUUAAGCUGGAAGGUUUCAAAUCUCUCUUGUAAGUUGUAAAGCAAUGCUGUGAUCAUCAAUUAUCCUCAGGGUAUUAAACUAUUAUUAAUAUGUGAAUAUGUAAAUACAGGUAAUGUUAUCUAAUCAUUCCAAGUUUGGACAAACAGAUAUUUUUCAUUGUUAUAGAAGUUCAACUUUUACUUGAUUUAUGACAAGUUUUGUAUCAUCAGAAGACAUAAUCUAUCCAUGUUGAAAUGGAUCUGAAAUAAAUCAUGUGAAAAGUACACAA